GUGUGUAUAAAUGUACGAAUAUGAUAAUGCGAUGCGAUGAUGAAAUACAAAAAUAAGUGCAUGUAUAAAUACAUAAACCAAAUAUUAGCAUUAGUAGUAUCAAAAACUUUUGGUGUUGAAUUAGUCUAGGGUCAUCCACAAGAUGAAGUACAGCUUUAUAAUCUUGUUAGUGUCGUGCCUCUAUUUGGCUGCGCAAGUCGAGGCAAGGUGCUGCAGCUCUUGCGCCAGCUGCACUGGUGCCGCGUGCAAGGAGAAUUGCACGCAGUCUUGCGCAACCUGCAAGGCCACUUGUCUAGAGACUUGCAGGCCACCUUGUGCCACCUGUGCGACCAACGAGUGCAGAGCAACCUGCAAGGAAACCUGUGAGACCUGUGAAACCACCGAGUGCAUAGAAGCUUGCGCCCACUCCUGUGACAUUUGCACAGCCAGCACGUGCAAGGAAGUUUGCACUGAAAGUACCACCAGUGAAUGUACUGAAAAGUGCGACUGUAAUGAAAACUGUGUUGAUGAUGUUGAUGACACGAUUAUACCUGUACCCAUUUAUACUGAGACGGGGGGUGAAGAAAGUACCAACGAACAGAACCACGGUACUGAUUUUAAGGCUGAUUUGAACAUAACCAACACUGUGAACAACGAGAACAUUAUCCACAAUCCAGUGAGUGUCAACGCUUCGAUGGUGAACAAUAUUGAAAUUAAAGGAGGCUCUGGGGGUUCGUCAGGGGGUGGUUUCGCUGUUAUUCCAUUCCCUUUCCCAUUUCCAAUGUAUUUUCCACCUGGUCACACAUGUGAAACUCCAGAUAAACCUUGUCCUACUCCUCCACCAAGACCACCUUGCCCUGAGUGUCCCACUCAAAAACCACCUUGCACUGGAACUGUGUGUCCUCCACCUCCUCAACCCUGUAUAGGAACUGUGUGCCCUCCACCCCCACAAGUUUGCACGCAAACUGUGUGUCCUCCACCCCCACAAAUUUGCACGCAAACUGUGUGCCCUCCACCCCCACAAAUUUGCACGCAAACUGUGUGCCCCCAAACCCAACAAGUUUGCACGCAAACUGUGUGCCCUCAAACCCAACAAGUUUGCACUGGAACUGCCUGCCAAUCAACUCAGUCAUGUUCUGGAUGGGGAUGUAUACACCCUUCCUUUAACUACAACCAACGUUGUGUAGGAGGAGGAUGCUAUGCUGUAAAUCAGUGCCAAAAUGGAGGUUGCUACCCUUGGCAGAUGCAGUACUCAGGAGGAUAUGGGAGAAAAUAAUAAGAAUAAAUUAAAUUUUACAUUAAUAUUGUGUUAUUAUUAGUUAUCACAUAAAGCUGAUUAUAUUAUUUAAAUAGAUGUGAAAUAAAACUAAAUAUUUACUAUA